UAUUUUCAUCGCCAAGCCGUUUCAUUAUUUUUUUAUUUUUUCCUUUUAUUUUUUUCUUAAUUUUCUACAGGAUGCCGAAAGCAAGCAAACGAAAAUUUAAUCCAGCUGUCAGAAAUGUUCCAACUUUUAAAAAGAAAAAAAUUAAAGUUGGUCGGCAUUUGCCUCAUUUAAAUUCAACAAAUACCGAAAUUAAAUCUAAAAAAAUUAUUCUUACUGAACAAAAUGUUGUUAAUGAAUUAAAUACUUCUGUUUAUGACAAAAAUGAUGGAAAACCUCAAAUUAAAUCUAUUGAUGUUAUUAUUUCUCAACUUUCACAUCACAAUGAAAAUAUGAGUAGAACAGCUAUUUGUGGUGUUCGAAAUUAUUUUAAAAACAAUUUGAACGAAUUGCUUCGUCAUUUACAUAAAAUUAUUGUUAGAAUUGGUCCAUUAAUGUUAAAAGAACUUAAUCAAAAAAGUACAAAAAUUGAAUUUAAUUGCUUAAUUGACCAAAUUUGUUCUCUUCCUUCAGAUGUUUUAAAUUCUCAUUUUCAACUUUUUUCUGCUUAUGUUCUCACAGCUAUUUUGGAUGCUAGAAGAAAUAUUCGACAAAUGGCUUUCAACAUUUUAAUUUUACUUUUUAAAAGAUAUCCAAAAUUGUGUUAUCAAAAGGAGGAAAUAUUUGAAAAAUUUUUGUUGGUUUUGGAUGGACCUAGAAGACCGACAGAUGACAGGUUUUUUAGUUUUAUUAGGAAAGAACUUUUGGAUGCCGUUUAUUUAUUUCUUGUCACAUUCUCCACUUUCUCUGAGAAUUCUUUAAUUUGGCCUGAACGCGAAUUAAAAAUUGAUUUUUCUUGCAAAGACCAAACAAAUUCAACCGUUAAAUUGUUACCAAAUCCAAAUUGUUUUGAUUUUCCUGUUUUAUAUAACAAAACUGAUACAAAAACAUCUUUCUUGCAAAAAUCUGAUUCACUUCUUUAUUGUUGUAAAGUUAUUUGUCCACUUCUUUUGUCUAUAAUUUAUGAAAUGGAAUGUGAAUCUGACAAAUUAGUUAAUCCAAUAAUGUCAAGAAUUUAUUUAACUUUAAAUAAAUUAAUUGAUAUUGUCAUUAUUUUUAUUGAAAACAAUCAGAAGGAAAAUAAUAUUAGAGAUGAAUUAAAAAAUAUAUUUGCUCCUUUGAAGAAAUGUUCUUUUAUUAUUAAGAGCAAAAAGUUGUUGAAAAGAUUGGAUUUGAUAUUGAAAAUUUAA